CGAGUGGGCGGAGCGUUCGCCAGCCUGUAGUUCCGUCAUCUCGCUCGUCUCCGAGGCUACGGGGGGGCCGAUGUUGAUUUGGAUGAAUACCUGCAGUUGCCGGACCCAGCCUAGGUCGAUUUGUUUUUUUUAAAGCUGGGUUCACCACCGGAAAACGGGACGCUUCGGACUGAGAAUAUUGGUCGCUCGCGCCGGGAAUCGUUGUUUUUCUGGACUGAGGAGAGGUGGGGAGCCGGGGGUGGGGAGGGGGGCUCAAUCGGCGGGGGCUGCAAGGAGGGUCAGGCGGAGACUGUAUCCUCCGUGCUCGGGCCAUCUGCGCCGAGCUCGGUCUGAUGGUUCCAUUGAAGCCCUAAUCAGGGGGCCGGGGGUCCACGGAGAGGAUCUGAAACCCGGCGUCGGCUGCGGAUGACCGUGGAGGGAGUGGAGCCGCUUUCCCAGCCUUUCCUCGCCGUGGCGCCGCAUUAGCAGCAUCUGUCGGGGAUUCUUCUUCUUCUUUUAUUUUAUUUUCUCUUCUUCUUCAAAACGGGUUAACGCUCCGUUUCUGUUGGGUAGAGGAAACACAGAGACGAUCUAAGAGAGAUUAAACCGGCUUGAGGAGGCUGCAGGGCGGCCCAAAGCCACGGAUUGCUCCGUUGACAGGUUGUCAUCAUGGGCAACGCGCCCACGGCCAGAAAGGGCAGCGAGAUGGAAAGCGUCAAGGAGUUCCUUGCUAAAGCCAAAGAGGACUUCCUCAAGAAAUGGGAGAAUCCUUCACAGAACACUGCUAGCCUGGAGCAGUUUGAGAGGUUGAAAACCUUGGGCACGGGCUCGUUUGGCCGUGUUAUGCUGGUGAAGCACAGAGAAACGGGACAGCAUUACGCCAUGAAGAUCCUCAACAAGCAGAAGGUGGUGAAGCUUAAGCAAAUAGAGCACACUCUAAACGAGAAGAGGAUCCUCCAGGCUGUCAGCUUUCCCUUUCUUGUGCGGUUAGAGUAUUCAUUCAAGGACAACACCAACCUUUACAUGGUUAUGGAGUAUGUACCAGGUGGAGAGAUGUUUUCCCACCUACGAAGAAUUGGCAGAUUCAGUGAGCCGCACGCUCGGUUCUACGCUGCUCAGAUCGUGCUGACCUUUGAGUACCUGCACGCUCUGGACCUGAUCUACAGAGACUUGAAACCUGAAAACCUGCUCAUAGACCAACAGGGCUACAUACAGGUUACAGAUUUUGGCUUUGCCAAACGGGUAAAGGGCCGGACCUGGACACUGUGUGGCACCCCAGAAUAUCUGGCUCCAGAGAUCAUCCUCAGCAAGGGAUAUAACAAGGCGGUGGACUGGUGGGCGCUGGGUGUUCUGGUCUAUGAGAUGGCAGCAGGGUAUCCUCCUUUCUUUGCCGAUCAGCCAAUUCAAAUCUAUGAAAAGAUUGUAUCAGGGAAGGUUCGUUUCCCGUCUCACUUCAGUUCAGACCUGAAGGACCUACUGAGGAACCUCCUACAGGUGGAUCUCACAAAACGCUUUGGGAACCUCAAAAACGGAGUCAAUGACAUCAAAGGACAUAAGUGGUUCGCAACAACUGACUGGAUUGCCAUCUACCAGAAAAAGGUGGAAGCUCCCUUUGUUCCAAAGUUCAAAGGACCAGGCGAUACCAGCAACUUUGACGACUAUGAAGAGGAGGAGAUCCGCGUCUCCUUCACCGAGAAAUGUGCCAAGGAGUUUGCUGAAUUCUAGAGUUAGAGGAGAAGAAAUAAGGAAAAUAGGGAAAGUCUAAGGUAGGCUGGUCAAAAGGGAGACACAAGAAAAGUGUACUGUCUUCUGUCCAAAUAUAAGCACCAGCUACAAAAAAAGAAAAAGGGAAAAAAAUCGAAUAGAGGUGUGUGGAAAAAGAGAGCGGAGACUGAUAACCAGCAGUGUUGCCUUUUCUGUUGCGUUUUUGUUGUGUUUUCUUUAUUGUCGUCUUAUUUAUGAAUCCCUUUAUAACGACACUGUGUUUCAUGGGUGUCGGGAGCCCCGCUGACUUAGAGUUGCCUCUACGCAUUCUCGCCCGAGAUCUUCCCGUUUCUGCAUCCGUUUCCGUUCCGUUCGUUUCUGCGCCACAGCAAAGACGAGUCAACACUUCAAUCGGCCGGUCAUCGCACGAGUGCGCACGCAAGAUAUCGUCGGUUCGCGCCGACGAGAUGGUUUGAGCAAAACACAACACGCGUUAAGAUAAAUGCCCAUGUGAUAUAUAGUUUGUCUUGAGUUCACCUGACCCAUCUCAUAGAUGAAACACUUCAAAGGCUCGAGGGGCCAAAAGAAAGACGAAACAAAAAGUCAGGUACGUCUGUUGUGUAACUCCAUCUACGGCUCUUAUUAUUGUUAAUAUAUACAGACUUUGUACAUAUCUGCAGUACUCCAUUUUUAAAUGUUAGUAGGUACUUAGUGGCUCCAGUGAAACCAUAUCAUGCUAACGUUACAGUACGACGACAUACCAAUAAAAAGGACGGAUUUCUCUCAGUUUCAACGGUGUUGCGAGAAAAACACCAACCGCAUAAUGGAAACUCAGGUUUGAACAUAUCACUUAACAGACAUUUAUCUCCAUAAAGCCUAAGGAUCAGCAGGUAAAUCUCGGAGUACAGAUUUGGGAAUUUGAAGUUCUGGUUUUAAACGAGUUUAAAAGGAACAAGAAAAGAAAAAGAGGGUCUAUUUAGAGUUUUAGUUGGCGUCUUCCACACUUUAUCCCUUCCAGAAUUUUUGGUCAGUUUUGAUAGAAAAGCACUUCCUGUUUCAGCUCAGAGCUAAUUUACUACAUGAGAUUAUUCUACUUAUUGAAACAACCGUUUGGCCCCCCUGGUUUUGACUUUUAGACACCGUGUGAGGCAGAGGACCUCCGACUGCUUCUGGCUGAGGGUCGUCGGCACUCCGGUCCGUACGGAUGGCGAUCAGGAUGGUGUGCUUUACCUUGAUUGUCGCUCGUGUCACAAAAGAGAACCAUGCAAACUCUGUCAUCAUUUCUUUUGUGUGCGUUCAGGACAUGCACUAGUUUUGCUAAGUUUCAUUUUAUGUGUAUGUAUUGAUGAUCUGAAAAUGAUUGGUACUCUGUUUGUCAAGUUAGAGAUGGGAAGUGAAUAUGCAUCUGGGAAUUUUGUAUUGAACAUGUUUUUCCUCAGUGAAUUUGUUUCCAUUGAGGAUAUUGGUAUAAAAUUCACACCAGAUGUUGCUAGCAACCCAAAUAAUCUGCACAUACAAAGAAAUAAAAGCAACUAAGUCCAUAAAUCAGGUUGCAUAUUAUAAAGUUGAAUUCUCUUAAAUAUUUGAAAGAAAAGCUUUAAGGCAUCUCCCGUAUGUAGAAGCUAGUCGAAGUUCUCAGUUGUCAUUUUGACUUAUUCUUUGAUAAAAACUGUCUUCAAAUUUCUUCACCGCUCUCUGAUAACCAGUUAUUUCUAUAGUGUUUCUAAUUAUGUUCAAGUCAGGUGACUGACUGAGCCGUUUUUCUCUCCUCUGGUUCCUUUUCCGACACCAGAUUACAAGUUUCCAUGACUGUGUUUUUGGCAUCAUUGUCUUUCUGACAUGUGCUGUUGCACUCCUUCCUAUCUUGCCACUGGCAUUUUAAAAGAUACCCUGUUACAUGAGUCUGAACAUGAGGAGGAAAUUAAGGACAUUUUGCAAAACCUCAAAUUCUGUCAUGUUUUUCAAGUGUUUGUUACUUUAGAUCAGCUUUGUCUGUUUAUACUAGAGACAAAUAGGACCAAUUUUGUUUAAAUGUUCUGCAGUCAUGACCAGUCAUGUAUUGCUUUUUCAUAACCACGCCAUCUUUUAAUUUCUCUUUAGAAAGAGUAAACAAAAGACCCUAUGGGAAUUAAAUUUCUAUGUUUUGAGAGCGCCCCCUAGUGGUCAAACAAUUACUAACCAAAUUAAUCAGAACACAACAGCUGCAGCUGACAUGAUUUUGUAGCAGCUGCUGCGUGUGUAACAACCACUCUCAUGUGGCAAGAUUUUGUUUAUAUUAUAAUUAAAGUCGUGUAUGUUACAGUGUUGAAUGUAUAGUGAUGCAAUAUACAUUAUUUUCCAAUCACAUAAUUUCCUGGAGGUAAAAAAAAACUGAUACAAAAUAUUGUAACAAGGGCAUUACUAAGAAUAUCUUGGUACAUUUCUUCCUAUAAAUGCUGCCACUACCACAUCCUGUAAGACGGGCCCACAGUAUCAUGUUCCCACCUCCGAACGUCACUGUCAAUGUGGUGUUUUUGGGGUUGGUGGCCAGUGCCAUUUCUUCUCCAAACAUUGUGUGUGUAGUGACAUUCAAAGAGUUUAAUGCUGGUCUCAUCUAAAGAUGAUAAUCCAGUUUUCCACUGACUUGACCAAAAUGUUCUGUAGCAGACUUAGAGCAAACUUUCCGGUCAAUAGGAGAGUCUUGCAUAGUUAGUUUUCAAUGAGGCCAUUGUGGUUUAUUUCCAUGAUUUAAAAAAAAUGGAUUACUAAAGCUCAGUGAGAGCAAUCAUUUACUUUCGGAGACCUGUUCUGAUUACUCUUUUUUUGUCAGAAAUUUUUACAGAAAACACAGAAGCCACCCAGCCGUGGCUGAUUUUUAGUGAAAUUGUGUUCUUUCCUCCUCCGGAUAAUGGCUGUAAUGGUUCGGUGCCAUUUGUAUUUUUUGUAAUAAUAUGGUUGUGGAGAUUCUUACGUUUUUCUGGCAACAGCAUGAAAGACAAAUUGUUUAUGCUCCCGCCUAAAUCAGCUGUCAUAAAUUAUUGAUAACUGAACUAAUACAAGACAGGAUUGCUUACUACAUGGUUACAGAUUUCAAUUAUGUUUUAGUUGCCUUUUUCACUCAAGUUUAUUACAUAUAACUUUAAUUUCUGGAGCAAUUUGUGUCGAUCUUGCUGUGAGUGGGAGUUUCUUGGGUUGUUACAGACAUCCUGUGUGAAUUUUUAUGUCAGUAGGACUAAUAGAAAUGUGUUUACUGAGAAGAACUGUUUGAUCAUUGUUUUCCUGCUACAGCUUGUUGAAAUAUCCUUUAACAUGUUCGCCAAACAACCUGGUGAUUUGAAGCUUACGACAAAGGCCACCUCGGAUGUUUGGGGGUCUCCUUGCUUGACACAGUUUGACAGCAGGGCAUUAAAACAACGUCCUGAGAGGAUUCAAUUGUUUGUUUCAGGCGUUAAAUCAUAAUUUGAUCUUUUACCUUAUUAGGGAUGUGAAAUAUUGCAGUUCAGAUAGGCACAAGGAAUUCCUUUCAUCAUGUUUUUUGUCAAGAGUCUCGACUUCGUGAAAAAUCUCAGAUAUGAGAAAAAUAUGAUUGGCCUUUUGUUUGAAAUACACAUCUGCAAUGUUACUAGUCUGUGUGCAUCAUUUGUAAAUUAGAGUGGUGUUUGAAAUGGCUUAACAUGAAGGAAUUGUCCAGGUGGACGACCUGGGUUCACAGUAUCCUUUACCACAUGUGUCUCUUAGGAGAGACCAUUCCCGUCCAUCUAUCUACUGUCUUCCACUUAUCCAGGAUCGGGUUCAAGAGGGAUCCCCAGACAUCCUACCCUGGCCCCCAUAAGCAUCAUCCAGCUCAUUCUGGGGCAUCCCAAAGCGUUCCCAUGCCAGAUGGGACAUAAAAUCCCACCAGUGAAUUCUGGGUCUUCCCCUGGGUCCGAUCACGUUCCAGUGGGACGUGAUCGGAAAACGUCCAAAGGGAGGCACCCAGGGGGCAUUCGGAUCAGAUGCCCAAGCCACCUCGACUGACUGUUUCAAUGUGGAGAAGCAGUGACUGAGUCCAACCAUCCUCUAGAGGAAGCUCAUUUCGGUCGCUUGUAUCCAGGAUCUCAUACUUUCAGCCUCUUUUCUUAUCUUAUUACCACAGGUGAGGGUCAGAACCUAGGUCAGUGAAUUGAGAGCUUCGCUCUUUUUUCAGUCACAACACGUCACAACUGCAUACAAAGCCCCGAUCCAUCUGUUGAUCUAGCAUUCUGUCCUACUAUCACUCGGGAACCAGACACCUAGAUACUUAAACUCCUCCACUUGAGGCAGAGACUGACCCCUGACUGAGAGGGGAGCCGUCUUCCUGUCUCUGCUCAGGAACUUUGGCUUCAGACUUAAAGGGGCUGACUCUCAUCCUGGCUGCUUCACGCUCUGCAGUGAACCGCUCCAGUGCCCACUGGAGGUCAUGGGCUGAAAAAGCCAACAGAACCCCCAUCUUAAGUAAAAAAAAAAAAGUAAAAAUGAGAUGCUGAUGUUUCCGAACCAGACGCCCUCCCCUACAGGGUUAUUCCUUGAUAUCCAUGAAUAUUGGUGGAAUCCAGAGCACACUGGGAACAGGCUUCACUUUGUGCCGAGAAUACAGACCCCAGGUCCUGCUUUGGGCACACAUAGAUUGGAUACCCAGCCAGACACCCCAUACUUGUGAAGAACAGCCCCCAAAAUACCUGGGAUGGACCUGGUCAUAAGUCUACUUCAGAUCCAUAAACCACAAGUAGAACUGACAAGCAAACGCCCUCGGCAGUUCUGCAAAGUAAAAGAUGUAGCCCACUGCUCUAUGAGCCACAUUGCACUUCCUGUAUCCGAGGUUCAGCCGUCAGUCAGAGCCUCCUCUCCGAUACAGCGAAUAAACAUCAAUAAACAUCAAAUAAGAGAACUUGCAGGAAGCAACAUAAACACAAUAUGUUAUCACGUCUGGUAAAAAUGUUAAUUACAGAAAUACUUUAGUGUAGUACCACAAUAUCACACUUUUUAAAAAUAUUCCAACUUGUUAUUGAAGUAAAUUUACUCAGUGAGGAAUGAAAUACCAUGUUAGGAAAUAAUUGUUUUCAACAAUGUGACACAGUCACUGGGAGCCCUGUGUUAAGACGUCAAACAGCCACCUUUUUACAAUAGUGCAGCACAACAGCAUUUACAGAGAUGGACUUUUGGCCGUUUUCUUUUACAUAAUCCUCUCUAUAGAGAUUCUCCAGAGUCUUGGCUCUUCAGACUUUGUUCAGUUUACUGAUAAAAGCCACCAGGCUUUUCUCUAAAUCAUCAGGUAUUUCAAAGAAUUUAUGAUGCCAUAAUCAACAGGCUCACAGCGUCACAGAUACUCCGCUGUACUUCAGUCAACAUGACACUUACACAUGUUCAUACUUUGUUUCAAACCCACUUACAGUGUUUGUUGCUGAAAAGCUUAAUCUCUGUUUCAUCUGACCAAAGCUCGUACCGCUGUCUAGGGUCUCAGUAGAGUUUUGCAAGCUGUCCGUGUUUCUGUUAACGAAGGAGGGACUGGAAAGGCUUCGUGCCUCACAUGCAGCUGGGUGGCUCGUAGACAGGAUCUCAUGAUUGUUAUGGAGACUUGGCGUCCCCCAAAGAUGUCAUUAUUUGCUGCAGUUCUCAGUUCAGCUCUGUUCUCUGAAUUGAAAUGCUUCUAUUGCAUCUAUUUUAAAGGGAAUGUUGGGACUACCAGAAAGAAUGGCUCUGGUAACUUUGUUGAAAAAAUCUAUUACAUUCUAUCAUUCAAUUAUUUCCCUCACUGAGUAAGCGUACUCAAGUGAAAGUUUGGACUUUGUAUUUUUUCUAGUGGGAGAUUGUCCCGCUGCAGUAAAUUCUGAAUUCAUUAUAUGUUUUGUUUUGGGGUUUUUUGUACAAUUUUUUGGAAAAAUAGGUUUGUCUUGUCAGUUCCCUUAUUACAAAUGCAGGUUAAGAUCUACAAACACUCAGUUCACAUCUCUCACAUGGUUUAACACGUAUGUGGUAAAUUUGUUACAGUUUGAGCUGCUGGUUUUGUCGUGAAACUCUAAGGCAAAAGUGUGUUCACUGGCUGUGUUAUUAUUACUACUGUGUGAACAGAGACAGAAUGUGAGUUUGGUCUGAGUUACAGCGAACCUGGAACACCUAAUUGCAGAAUAAAAACACAUACUACAUCUGAAACAAUGGUCCACUGUAACAUUAUUUAUUUUACCUUGUGAUUCACACAGAAAGAGUCUGAAACUUUUAGGCCCCUUCAUAAAAUGACCUAAUGUUAUGCUUCACAUUUGUUUUUCUGUAUCCUUGUAUGUUAUAAGUGGUAGGAAAUGAAUUACCACAAUAAAUCUGGGGCUUGUUUAUUUUGUUUAUGCCAUGUCAGGCCACUUGGUUUGAAUUAAAAAAAAAUGUCUCUCUUGAGUUGUUAUGUUCAGUGUUCUGUCAAUUUAUUUUCUUGACGAAUCUGAAGAUAUGUUGGCAGACAGAUGGCAGCUUUCUGGUCGUCAUCCGCUUGCUCACUGAUUAUGAUAGCCUAAUUUAUAGACUAUUACUAUCAUCAUGAUAUUGUUUACAUCUGUGGUUGGGACAUCACAUCCCCAACAUUUCCUUCAUGUCGGGUUCAGUAUGCAGCAUCCUUGAGACACUUUUGCAGAGACACAACUUCUUCUCAGUGCAGGCACAAUGCUGGUACAUAAGAGCCCACUGUCGCACUUUUUAGGGAAAUGAGACCUCCCUCCUCCCCAGCCAGUGUAAACCAUAUCGACCCAUACCACUCACACACACACAGACACACAUGCGUACACACAAAACACUCUUGUGAAGGGAAGCAUCUAAAGUCACGGGAACAGUGACAUAAAAACAAGUGUAAUAUUUUGCAACAUGAGUAUCAUUCCAAUAAAGUUUUACUUGUAAAAUC